UUACAUGACGUGAAUAAUGACAUGAAUACAAAUUCUCUAAAUGUUGAACCACAGUUGCAAAAUGUCAACAUUCUCAGUUUUUAUGCUUUGACCUGAAAUUGUAAUCGUCUUCAUCAUUUCACUGUGAGUUGACAUCUGAGAAGGUGUGACCCACGCAUUAGUCCUUUCAAUUUGUGCAACGAAAAUCGUGGUUUUCAAAAAAGUUUGAGCAAUGUUUGCGUUCUUUCUACUUUUGCUGAUUGGAUGCACAACUGCAUCCAACAGCACGGCAUCAACGAGACCAGGCGAAACACCCAUCAGCGACUACCACUUCUCCGAGACAGGUUUCAACGUGGAUCGACUGAUUGACCACUUGCUCGCUAUUGACCCAGAAACCGGUGCUCAAGUGAUGAAUGCAACCCGUGUUCAUGACACAAUUCCUCAAAUUUAUGGAAAUCAGAGCAGUAAAAUCCCUUCCUUAAUUCUUGGGAGAAGGAUUCCACGCAAAGCUGGAGGACCUUUGGCAGUGCUCAUCCCCAGAAAUGCGGACGAGAAAGCGCUACUCGGAAUCACAGGACUAAAGGGGAUACCGAAACAGGUGACGCUCACGAUUAUCCAAGUGAACAAUCUCUUGGCCACCCUGGGGCUGGCUCGCACAAUGUUCCUCAUGGACUCCAAUCUGCUCCUCGAGUUGGCCGGAUGCUUCGCCUACUGCAAAGAAAGCCGGGCCUGUCUCGCUGCUGCGCAAGAGUGUGACCCAUCCUCCGUGAACUAUAUCCAAUGCUUGGAAGAUGCCGAAAGCCUGGGUGGCACGGAUUAUGAGGAGGAGAAACCCAGUUCAUCCUCCAAUUCGUACUCAGCGUCCAAGGGAUAUUCUGAAGCUCAGCAAUCACAAUACAGCCCCGCCGCGUCGUCCCAAUUUGGUGGUUAUAAUCCGUUCCAGUACCCCGUAUUUUACCCCCAGUACGGCUACCCGCUCUACCCACAAUUCCAACCUUAUGGAUAUGGACCAUCACCGUCUGCUGUAUUUCCACCAUUUUACGGAUACCCGGCUGCCCAAAGCUACCCUUCCUCAGGGUACUCACAAAGCCCUGCGAACUAUGACGAUAAGCAGAGUCAAUCCACUUCAGGAGCAGGAAAUUAUCCUAAAACCUCUUCCGCUUCAAGCUAUUCGACCCCAAAGGACAUUUCCCCAUCCAAGCAGAAGCAGGUUGAGAAGGAAGUUGCCGUUAUUGCCCCAUCGCACGCGGACUAUGGCUCUUCCCCAGCUUCAGCACCUUACAAACCGUCCCCUGCCCCCCACUCACCGGCUGCAGCGCAGUACAAGAGAGCGGUCAAACUCCCCAUGCGGGUAUACGGUCCACAAAAACCCCGUCGUCGAUUCGACAAUAGUCAAAUUCACUAAUUUAUUGCACAUGACUGAAAUAUGACAUUUUAUCUGAAAUUUUAGAAGUUUUUAGGGUCGUUAUUGUUUGUUUAUUCCUUCGUUGCAUUAAAUUUAUUAAAUACGACACGAUUCCCAAUUCGAUUAUGCAUCAAAAUAAACCUCUCUUGAUUAGAAA